AUGGACAGGUGGUUGGAGAAGGCCAAGAAGAGGGAGUUCUUUGAUGAGGAGGAGCUGCGCCGUGUUAUAUGGAAGGCAAUAGAGAUAUUCAUCAUGGAGCCGAAUGUUUUGCAAGUCAAGUCCACCGGCGACAAGAUCAAUGUAUGUGGAGACGUCCACGGCCAGUUUCAAGACGUUAUAAAAAUGAUAAACGAGGUCGGUGGGGAGGUAUCCGGGACAAAUCGCUACCUCUUCCUUGGAGAUUACGUUGACAGAGGAUACUAUAGUCUGGAGACAAUCACCCUUCUCCUUUGUUAUAAGAUCAACUACCCUAACGAUAUCUUCCUAAUUCGAGGCAAUCACGAGUGCAGGUCAGUCACGCAGACGUAUGGAUUCUACGAGGAGACCACGAAGAAGUACGCCCAUGCCGGCGUUUGGAAGUUGUUCAUGGAGCUCUUUGACCAUCUGCCUAUUGCUGCCAUAGUUGACAAUUCAAUCUUCUGUGUCCAUGGAGGGCUUAGCCCUGCUCUUCCGACGCUCGAUGACAUUACCCUACUUAACAGAACCAUAGAGAUCCCCAGUGAGGGACCGUUUGCAGAUCUCAAUUGGUCCGAUCCGUGCACAAACCUUGACAACUGGGAGCAUUCAUAUCGCGGAGCAGGGUACCUCUUUGGCAAAAAGGCUGUUGAACAGUUUUUGUCCAUGAAUGACCUGAAGAUGAUUGCCCGCGCGCACCAGCUUGCCACGGAGGGCUACCAAGAAUACUUCGAUAAGAAGCUGGUAACAGUCUGGAGUGCCCCGAAUUACUCCUAUCGUACCAAGAACAAGGCCUGCAUCAUGCCAGUCAGCAACGGCGAGGCGAAGGACUACCUCAUAUUUGAUGCAUAUAAAUAUACUGAGGCCGACCUUCCCAACGAGCUAUUGGAGGCUAUCAAGGGUUUAAAGUAA